CAUGGAGGGAGGAGCAGUGAAAGUGAAAGUGAGUCCGUCGCCAACUUGUCGUCUUUCUCCGCGGAGUUCGGAGCCUUUUGUAUCCUUUCAGAGACAGCCCGGAGAGCCGUCCCCGUGUUUGUGUCCACGCAGCUCUCCGCAGCUUCAGCACCGAGGGGGACCCUUUAGACUUUAGAGACAGCCCACAGCGAGUCUGUGACAGAAACGUUGGCAGCAGGCCGUUAGCUGAGCCUCCAUUUUCCUUCAGAGAGCAGGAGGAGGAAAGAGGAGCUGAGGCAGGAGCUGGAGGCUGCAGGUGUGUUGGUACCACCAGAACAAUCCCAGCUGUUGAGGUCUGCAUCAUGAAGAUGGACAGAGGUCAGAGGUCACAGUCUCCAGCACCCAGCUGUCUCUCUAUGAGGAGUGACCAGUCCAAAGAAAGACCUCCAGGCUUCAGUAAUGAAGCUGCACCAACAAUGUUCUUCAAUCAUGGACCUGAGCUGACAAUAGGUCAGAGGUCACAGUCUCCAGCACCCAGCUGUCUCUCUAUGAGGAGUGACCAGUCCAAAGACAGACCUCUAGGCUUCAGUAAUGAAGCUGCACCAACAAUGUUCUUCAAUCAUGGACCUGAGCUGACAAUAGGUCAGAGGUCACAGUCUCCAGCACCCAGCUGUCUCUCUAUGAGGAGUGACGAGUCCAAAGAAAGACCUCCAGGCUUCAGUAAUGAAGCUGCACCAACAAUGUUCUUCAAUCAUGGACCUGAGCUGACAAUAGAGAGGAAGAGGAACGGUGUCUGUGAGGAAGAGCAGCCGUCCUGCUGUGCUUCCUGUCAGGACGUCCUGAAGGAUCCGGUCUCUACCAGCUGUGGACACUGGUUCUGCAGACAGUGCAUCUCCUCAUACUGGGACCAGUCUGCUUCAUCAGGAGACUCCUCCUGUCCCCAAUGUGGAAAAAGACCCAGAACCAGAGCUGGACUGCAGACAGCCAGUCAGAGCAGCUGUGGCCAAACAGAUGCUGUUCUGCAGGAGGUUUUAGAGGAACAUAAGAUCAGUCUGAGGAGGAGAUGUGAACGUGUGACUGAAGGAAGUGAUCAAACAGGAAGUGGAACCCUCCUGAACAGGAUCUACACUGAGCUCUACAUCACAGAGGGACAGAGUGAAGAGGUUCAUACCCAACAUGAGGUGAGGCAGCUGGAGACAGCUUCCAAGAUGGACGCCCUCCAUGACAGACCAAUCAGGUGCCACGACAUCUUUAAAGCCUUCCCUGGCCAACAGAGACCCAUCAGAGUGGUUCUGACCAAUGGCGUCGCUGGCGUUGGAAAAACCUUCUCAGUGCAGAAGUUCAGUCUGGACUGGGCAGAGGGCUUGGAGAACCAACAUGUCAGUGUGGUGAUGCUGCUUUCAUUCAGGGAGCUGAACCUGAUCAGAGAUCAGCAGUACAGUCUUCUGGAGCUGCUCCAUGUUUUCCAUCCAACAUUACAGAAGGUCCCAGCAGAGAAGCUCGCUGUCUGGAAGCUUCUGUUCAUCUUUGACGGCCUGGAUGAAAGCAGACUUUCAUUGGAUUUCACCAACAGGAAGCUCGUGUCUGAUGUCACACAGAAGUCAUCAGUCAGCGAGCUGCUGACAAACCUCAUCGAGGGGAAGCUGCUUCCCUCGGCUCUCGUCUGGAUAACUUCCCGACCUGCAGCAGCCAAUCAGAUCCCUCCUAGAUGUGUGGACAGGCUGACAGAAGCACGAGGCUUCACUGAUGCCCAGAAGGAGGAGUACUUCAGGAGGAGAUUCAGUGAUGAAGAGCUGUCCAGAAGAAUCAUCUCCCACAUGAAGACAUCCAGGAUCCUCCACAUCAUGUGCAGAAUCCCAGUCUUCUGCUGGAUCACUGCUACAGUUCUGAAGCACAUGUUGACCACAGAGCAGAGAGGAGAGCUGCCCAAGACCCUGACUGACAUGUACUCACACUUCCUGCUGGUUCAGACAAAGAGGAAGAAGAACAAGUACCAUGAGGGACAUGAGACGAGUCCACAGGAGCUGACGGAGGCUGACAGGGAAGUUCUUCUGAAGCUGGGGAGGCUGGCGUUUGAACAUCUGGAGAAAGGAAACAUCAUGUUCUACCAAGAAGACCUGGAGCAGUGUGGUCUGGAUGUGACAGAGGCCUUGGUGUACUCAGGAGUUUGUACAGAGAUCUUCAAACGAGAGUGUGUGAUCUUCCAGAAACCAGUCUACAGCUUUGUUCAUCUGAGCAUUCAGGAGUUUCUGGCUGCAGUCUACAGGUUCCACUGUUACACCAGCAGGAAGAUGGAGGUGCUGGAGGACUUCCUGGGGAAAGAAUAUGAUCAGUCAGCUCUGGAUGAUUUGUUGAUGAAAACAGUAAAAAAAUCCCUCCAGAGUAAAAAUGGUCGCCUGGACCUGUUUGUUCGCUUCCUUCAUGGCCUCUCUCUGGAGUCCAACCAGAGACUCUUAGGAGGUCUGCUGGGUCAGACAGAGAACAGUCCAGAAACCAUCCAGAGAGUCAUCAACAACCUGAAGGAGAUGAACAGUGAUAAAAGCUCUCCUGACAGAAGCCUCAACAUCUUCCACUGUCUGAUGGAGAUGAACGACCUCUCAGUACAUCAGGAGAUCCAGAAGUUCCUGAAGUCAGAGAACAGAUCAGAGAAGAAACUCUCUGAGAUCCACUGCUCAGCUCUGGCCUACAUGCUGCAGAUGUCAGAGGAGGUUCUGAAGGAGUUGGACCUGGAGAAGUACAACACAACAGAUCAGGGACGACUGAGACUGAUUCCAGCUGUGAGGAACUGCAGAAAGGCUCGACUGACUCUGUGUGGACUCUCAGAGACUCUCUAUGAAGUUGUGGCCUCAGCUCUGAAGUCCAACCCCUCCCAUCUGACACAGCUGGACAUGAGUGGGAACAAGCUGCAGGAUUCAGCAGUGAAGCUUCUGUGUGCUGGACUGCAGAGUCCAAACUGUCGACUGGAGACUCUGAGAUUGAUGAGCUGUGGUUUGUCAGAGAUCAGCUGUGAUUAUCUGGCAGCAGCUCUGAAGUCCAACCCCUCCCAUCUGAGAGAGCUGGACCUGAGAAACAACAAGCUGCAGGAUUCAGGAGUGAAGCAUCUGUGUGGUUUUCUGGAGAGUCCACGAUGUGUUCUUGAAACUCUGAGAUUGAUGAGCUGUGGUUUGUCAGAGAUCAGCUGUGAUUAUCUGGCAGCAGCUCUGAAGUCCAACCCCUCCCAUCUGAGACAGCUGGACCUGGGUAACAACUACGGGUCCUCCAACAACUACCUGCAGGAUUCAGGAGUGAAGCAUCUGUGUGGUUUUCUGGAGAGUCCACGAUGUGUUCUUGAAACUCUGAGAUUGGAGGACUGUGGUUUGUCAGAGAUCAGCUGUGAUUAUCUGGCAGCAGCUCUGAAGUCCAACCCCUCCCAUCUGAGAGAGCUGGACCUGAGUAACAACUACUGGUCCUCCAACAACUACCUGCAGGAUUCAGGAGUGAAGCAUCUGUGUGGUUUUCUGGAGAGUCCACGAUGUGUUCUUGAAACUCUGAGAUUGGUGAACUGUGGUUUGUCAGAGAUCAGCUGUGAUUAUCUGGCAGCAGCUCUGAAGUCCUCCCAUCUGAGACAGCUGGACCUGAGAGGAAACAAGCUGCAGGAUCCAGAUGUGAAGCAGCUGUCUGAUCUUAAGGAGAGUCCACACUGCAGACUGGAGACACUGGUGUGGGGGUAAACAGGACGGUGUGUGUGCUGAGAGAGGAGGAGCUGUGUCCUGAUGAUCCAGAGAGGUUGAAGCAGCAGCAGCUUGUGUGCAGAGACGCUCUGACUGGGCCAUGUUACUGGGAGGUGGAGUGGAGAGGAGAGCUUCAUCCAGCAGUGACUGACAGAGGAAUGAGAAGAAGUGCAGAUGACUGUCAGUGCUGCAGAGUGAACUGCUCUGAGAACAGCUCCACUGUCAGACACAAUGUAGAGUCCACCAUCAUCCCUGUGUGUCCCUGUGGAUCUGCCAGAGGAUCAUCAGUGGAUCUGGAUGCUCUGCUGCUGCUCUGUCCUUCUACACAGUCUCUGCAGAGUCUCUGUCUGACACUGGCUUCAGCUUUUCAGGCUUCAUUCUGGAUCACAGUCAGGAGAACAUCACCUGGAAAGGCCUCCAACAACAUCUCCAUCAUAGACACAAUGUUUUUAGGACUUACACAUCAGGUUUUGGUGCUUGGAGAUCAAAUAUGUGCCCAUCUAUAAGUUUCAGUGUUUUCCUUAAAGUAGUUUUUCAUAUAUUAGCAGAACAUUAAUAUUGAUACCAACCAUCUGUCUCACCUGCUUCAUUUAUAUCGUCCAUCAGGUCAGAAUUGUUCAGCACAUGAAAAACGUGUGAAAAUCUGCACACUGGUAGAUUUUUUUCUGCUUUUUCACAUAAUAACAGGAAACAUGUGAUCUGAGCCCUGCUGGGGGGGGGGGCUGCUGUAUGUCUGCAAUCAUUUAAAUAAAGACAUCUAGUGGUUCAGUGGGAGAACUGCA